UUCAAAGGCGGGCGGCCCCACACCCAGAAUUACUCGGUUAAAGCACCAGGGCAAUGGUCCUCAGUGGGGGGCUAGUCCUGGGACUCCACACCUUGAUGAGCCUCCUGAGCCCCCACGAAACUGGGGCCAUCAAGGCUGAUCACAUGGGCUCCUAUGGACCAGCCUUCUACCAAUCCUAUGGUGCCUCGGGUCAGUUUGCCCAUGAAUUUGAUGGGGAACAGCUGUUCUCUGUGGAACUGAAGAAGAGGGAGGCCGUGUGGCGUUUGCCUGAGUUUGGCAACUUGGCCCACUUCGACCCACAGAAUGGACUGGCCAGCAUCGCGGUGAUCAAAGCCCAUCUGGAUGUCUUGGUGGAACGCUCCAACCGCACCAGAGCCACCACCGUGCCUCCGAGAGUGACUGUACUCCCCAAGUUUCGAGUGGAGCUGGGCCAGCCCAACGUCCUCAUCUGCAUUGUGGACAACAUCUUCCCUCCUGUGAUCAAUAUCACCUGGCUGCGCAACGGUCAAAUAAUCAGCGAGGGGGUGGCCCAGACCAGCUUCUAUUCCCAGCCUGACCAUCUGUUCCGCAAGUUCUGCUACCUGACCUUCGUGCCCUCUGCAGACGACAUGUAUGACUGCAAGGUGGAGCACUGGGGCCUGGAUGAGCCGCUCCUCAAGCACUGGGAGCCCCAGGUGCCUAUCCCAGUGCCAGACACCACCGAGACUCUGAUCUGUGCUGUCGGCCUGGCUCUCGGCCUGGUGGGCUUCCUUGUGGGCACCAUCCUCAUCAUCAGAGGCACAUGCUUGUCCAGAGCCCGCAGGUAAUGAACCUUCUAAGAAAGAAAGAUUGUGGGAGACGCUGUAUGGAUUCAUGGCAAGUUUCUGACAGCCCUUGCAUACUCAGUGCCUCAGUCUACUAAGUAUAUCCCUACUGCGCUGACUUUGGAUGGGAUCAAACCCUGUGCUAUAGGUCUCCUCUUUUAGACCUGGUACUCAUCGCAGGACUUGCGGGGCAGCAACUAGCUCCCCUUCUCACCCCCAACACACACUUUUCUUGCUCUACCCAAAGCUCUGGCUAGCAGCAGUAAAUGGUGUUUGUACUGUAUCCUUCCUAUAAGGUCCUGGCCAAUUUUCCCAGGGUGUGAGGGAUGCUAGGAACCUAGAAGAGGGGAUUCCAGGUGAUGACCAUUGAGCAGGACCAUUUCAUACUGGGGACUGGCAGCCAUCGUCAGGCCAAUUCAGUUAUGUCUUGUUCCAUUUGAGUCAUCCAUUGUGUGUUAGUUGUGAAUGGGCCAUUUCACAAGGACUUCUUGAAAUUUACUUACUGAAUUCAGAUUUGCCCCCAAAGGAGUUUUCAAGAGCGGAAACGUUCGUGGGAAUUCUGCUCUUGUCCCGAUUUACUCUGUAAUGAAGAAGCCAUACAUAUCCAGCCAUGAUUUACAAUGUCAUCUCCUUUUUCUACAUCCCCUAGAGUCCCAGGCAUGACAAAGAGAGGUCCAAGGCUUAGAUAAGAGGCUUAUUUCCUGGGACGCCCGGGUGGCUCAGUAGGUUGAACAUCUGCCUUUGGCUUGGGUCAUGAUCCCGGGGUCCUGGGAUUGAGUCCUGCAUCUGGCUCCUUGCUUCACGGAGAGCCUGCUUCUCCCUCUACCUGCCUCUCCCCCCACUUGUGCGUGCUCUCUCUCUCUCUCUCUGUGUCUCUCUCUCUGACAAAUAAAUAAAAUUAAAAAAAAUCUCAAAAAAAAAAAAAAAAGAGAGGGUUACUUCCUUAACCUGGGGUCAGUCGUAUCAGUAGAAGACCUGGUCACAGUUUUAGAGAGAGUUCAGGUGGAUAUCUCUUAGUGGUUUCCAAACUGAAAUGUACAUGAGAAUCACUUGGGAGCCUUUAAAAAAGUACAGGCUUCACCCAGAUCUACUGAAUUAGAACCUUGAGGGGUGGGGAGAGUGGUAGCAGUCUGCAAUUUUUAACGAGCUCCAGAUGAUGCUGACGCAGCCAUCCUGGACUUAGACUAUGGUCUGAUAACUGGGACCCACUGACAGAGCCUGAUGCUAUUGGAAGAAGGGGGAUCCCUGAGGUUGGAGGUGGUCCAGGAAGGCUUUCUGGAGAACCUGGGUCUUUUAGGCAUAAAAGUUGAGGAAGAUACAAGUAAGUAGGGGCAAAAUGGGAUUUGGCACUGUGAGAAUUUGGUCCUAGAGAAGAAGGAAACCAAGAGAUCAUGAAGACACUGUAGAUUUCCCAAGGGAGAAUAAGUUGAAAGAAUGGCCAGAGGACCCUGUUGGAAGUGGGGGAGGAUUGUCCUAGUCAAGGCUUUUGUUUGCCAGUAACAGAAACCCUCUUAAGAUGAUCACAGAUAUAAGGAGAGGAUAUUUACAAUAAAGACAUAGGAGUGGUGCCCUGAACCCAAGGGUGGGUUUUAGCCAAGCCUUACAGGGAACAGAAUGCAGAACUGAAAAGCCAGUAGAAUCUAGAACAGCAUUUCUUGCUCUCUCUCUGGGCCAUAUGGCCUGUGUUGUCCCUCUGCAUGUUAGCUGCAUUAACCAUAUUAUUCUGCCUCUGAGGACUAUCCUUUUCAGCUAACACGUCCACCUGCAGCUCCCGAUUUUGUGAUCACCUCAGCUCUACCCACCACCAACACUAUUUCCCAAUCACAAUUUUAAAUUCUUGGAAAAACAAAUGAAUGCCCAAACUUGGGGCAGGUGUCCAUCCCAGUCUGAUGUACCAUGACCAGAGGCACAAGAUCCACGGUACAAACUCCUCUGAGGAGAGGGGUUGGAUCAUUCUCAGAGAAAGAAGAAUGGGUUCAUUCUCAGAAGACACCUCAAGCUAUGUUUGUCCCCAAUAUGCCCUGAUCUCUGCUGAUCUUUUGCUUAAAAGUUAACUUGAUCAUCCUUGGAAAAGAUCCUUCUCUGAUCUCUGUCCUAAUGUUAAAUAAGGUCAUUAAAAGUGUUUUCUUUUGACCAGAAGUGGUU